AUGGUUUGCAACAAGGCAGCAAGGGUUUUAACGUCACUCAGUAGGUGGACAGAGAAUAUUGUAGGCCCUAGAACUGACAAGAGACGACUUCUUAUGUCUACCGUAAACGCCACAUUUCUGUACGGCGUAAAAGUGUGGGCGAGUGUCCAGCGGAGAGCAGCGCUUAGGGUCGCCUGCGUGUACCGCACAGUGUCGGGUGCGGCUAUUAUGAAUGUGGCCGGAGUCAUUCCCCUCGACCUUCUCAUCAGUGAGGGACGGAUGAUCUUUGGCCUUGCCCCAGAGCAUGGAAGAAAAGAAACGUCGGGAACAGCGCGGAGAGAAACCAUGCAAGUUUGGCAGAAAAUUUGGGACGAGGGUAACCUUUCAUCUGAUCAGAGACCUCAACGCCUGAAUAAACUGCAGCUACAGGGAGAUUAUCUUCUAAAUGUGUCAGUUCCUGAAGAAUCACAGCUACUUUAG